AUGGCUCCCAAGAAGGCGGUCAAUUGGAGGCUAUGGACCAAGGUGCUGAUAGGCGGCGCCGUCGUCAGUGUGGGCGGACCGGCCUUUACGUACUACCUGACGCCGACAGAGGACGAGCUGCGGGCGAGAUAUAACCCGGACCUGCGCAAAAAGAGCCUCGAGAAGCGCGAGGAGCGGGAACAAGAGUUCGACGAGUUUGUCACGCGGUUGAAGGAAUACUCCAAGUCGGACAAGCCAAUUUGGAUCGUGGUCAAGGAGGAAGAGGAGCGGCGCAAGAAGACUGCUCUCGAGACGGGCAGGGCUCAACAGCGCGAGGCGGAUGCGCGUCGCGAAGAGAUGAGGCGCGAGGCAGGCCUCGGGGCCAAGUGA